AGGCAUGCGAUCGGCACUCUCUCCUCGAUCUCCGCCUCCUCCAGCUUGCUUCCCUCCGUACCGUGGUUCUCGUGACCGGAAUCGUCCGGCUAGGACAGGUGGGCUCGUGAACGUCUCCGAUGGCGCGGUUGCCUCGCAGGCGGCAAGGCGGUGUGCCCAAGGAAGGCGGCGCCGGCGACGGUCGCGUGCCGCCCACCGAGUCGGCCGAGGAAUCCUCUGCGUCGACUGUGUCCCCACGCGAUCCGCCGGAGCCCCAGAAGGAUCCCCCGUUGGAUAGGCCGGUCCGCGUCUACGCCGAUGGGAUCUACGAUCUUUUCCACUUUGGGCAUGCUCGAGCUCUUGAACAAGCCAAGAAAUUAUUCCCAAACACAUAUUUACUUGUGGGUGUCUGCAACGAUGAAAUUACUCAUAGAUAUAAGGGAAAAACAGUCAUGAAUGAAUCUGAGCGUUAUGAAUCUCUCCGUCACUGUAGGUGGGUAGAUGAAGUUAUUCCUAAUGCUCCAUGGGUUCUCACGAAGGAGUUCCUCGACAAACACAAGAUUGACUACGUUGCUCACGAUGCCCUUCCAUAUGCAGAUGCAAGUGGAUCCGGCAAUGACGUAUAUGAAUAUGUCAAGUCCAUUGGGAAAUUUAAAGAAACAAAACGGACAGAUGGGAUAUCAACCUCAGACAUCAUAAUGAGGAUUUUGAAAGAUUACAACAAGUAUGUUAUGCGUAACUUAGCUAGAGGUUAUACAAGGAAGGACCUUGGUGUGAGCUACGUGAAGGAGAAGCAACUGAGAAUGAACAUGGGCAUAACUAAAUUACGUGAGAAAGUGAAAGCACAGCAGGAAAAGUUACAUACAGUAGCAAAAACUGCUGGGUUGCAUCAUGAUGAGUGGGUUGAAAAUGCGGACCGCUGGGUCGCAGGAUUUCUUGGGAAGUUUGAGGAAGGAUGUCAUAUCAUGGAGACGGCCAUCAAAGACCGAAUUCAGGAGAGACUCAAAAGGCAGUCGAGCAAAGAGAUGAAUGCCAACCUUCUGCAAGAGCCAGUAGCUUCAUGACAUAUCCGAUCAGUAACUGUGCUACUAUCAUGCUCCUUAGUAUUGUGCUAUUCCUCCUAUUCGUGGACUACCACUGCUAAAGCGGUUAGCAUCGAUUACCAGUACAUCAAAGGUAUGCCAGGAGACAGCUGAAUGGCUUUUCCACUUUGUGGGUUUUUGCUGUUGGAUUUAGUGAAGUUGGAUGAUCACCACGGCAUGGGAAUGAAUCAUGUCUCAGGUAGUGUCAUUACCAAACUGGCUUGCAGAUUGUACGUAUGUGUGCUGGACUUUGUUCCUUAUAUUUGUUUCAAGUGCUCUUAGGAUCCACUGAUGGAAUACUUUACAUUGUCCUAUUUUUAUGGAAGUCAUUUCCAGCAUGCCAAAUGGAUUCACUGA